GAUGCAAAUAUGUUUUCCGCACACCAAAAUGACCAGAGUCGUCAUGAGCAACUCCGAGGACAACAGUGCGAAAUAUAGAUGGAACCACCAGCUGAAACACAACCUCACGCGCCCGGUCGCCCCCAAAUGUCCACUUCCGAAACAAUAAACCAUCAUGCACAAAGUACCCACUCGCCACGCUUGCUAUUGCCGCCCCUGGGACAGCCAGACCAAAGGCCACUGUCAAAGACGGAUCAGCACGCUGUUCCCGGACCAACUCCUCGUGAGACACCUCAAGAGGAAAAUCUGCCACAGACAAAGCAACGUCCUCCCUCACAGCGACCGCAUCCAGCGAAGCCGCGCACAUAGCACGCAUAUCGGCACACGCUGGAAACACCCUAGGAGGCGGAGACAACCCACCCCCCUGAACAGACGGACACAGCGCAACCACAGGGGAGGCUGUCACACGAACACCACUGUCACCAACAAGCGAACCGGCAGCGCGCAGCAAGAAGGGAUCAGCAGACCAAACACGGCCGCCCGCCAGGCCAUUCCCCAAAAUAAAAUGAAUUCCAUCCACGGGCAACGCGGCCCGCACGCCCACAGACACUUCCCCACGCACCAGCUCACAGUCCAAAACCACUCUAUGCAACGGAGUAGGCAACGUCGUCAAGCCCAUGCCACGACCCACAACAUAAUCACCAGUAGCCGAACGGGAAGAGAACGGGAGGACCGAACCCACGACAUACGAAUCAUACGCACCCGUGUCUCUCAGAAUCCGAAUAGGAGUCUUCGAAGGAAAUGAAGUGCACACUCCAGCAGCGGCAACAGGAGAACCACCCGGAUCUGCAAACGC